AUGGGUUUCAAUCAACGUAUCUUACAAAUAUUCAAGCAUAACAAAGCUUUCACAUAUGCAGAAUUGGAACCCUCACAUGUAAACUCGGAUAUCGAAUAUCAAGAUGAAGAUCGACUUCUCAACCGCUUUUCUGUCGGCGAUGAUUCAUUUGAGCAUGCUGAGAAGAGAGAGACUGAUACCUGUCAUAAGCAUCAUUCAUUUGUGAGGUGUCUGGGUUGGCUGAAUGGUCUUUUCUUUUGUCUGUCUUUGUACCUAUUUACAGCGGCUAUGCUUAAUUGGAAGCAAGUUCCUGGUGGAAACGAGCGAAAUUGGGCGUUGAAGCAAGUCUCCGAAAAAUCUCCAAUUCUAGAUGCAGUCGACAUUCCCCUCUCAACCUGGCGACUCAAUGGCACCUUCCUAGAACGCGAAAACGAAUCCAUCUAUCGGAAACCUCCAUCCCCGGAAGUUGACGCAGCAUGGGCUCGUAUCGAGACUCAAAAUCCCAUUCCCCUAUCCCGACAAGACCUCAUAAAUCAAGGGAAAAAUCCAGAUCUGUAUGCAAAAUUUCCCGAAUCCUUCGGGUUUGGCCCCGACACCUUCAUCGGACGCAUUGACGUCUUCCAUCAAAUCCACUGUCUUAAUCGGCUACGAAUGCAUCUCUACUGGAACGUAGAAUACUACUACCCUGACGAAAAAAUGGGGGAAUACCAUCAACUCCACGCUUCGCAUUGUGUGUAUGCGCUACUGCAGAACCUGAUGUGUCAGGGAAGUGUGGAUACGUACGGACAUUAUUGGGUGGAUAUGCAGGAAAAUGCAGUCCCGGAUUUCAAUAUAAAUCACAAGUGUAGGGAUUUUGAAGCAAUACUAGAGUAUCAUGAUGAGAUUGCGGUGCCGUUGGAGAAGUUUGGGGCGUUGAGGAGACCGGUGGAUGAGCCGGUUAGACAUAUGACGCAUGAGGCGAAGGAGAUCUUUAGGUGGUUUGAUAAUCAUGAGGAUGAUGGACAGGAUGGGAUGGAGAUUCUAUGA